AUGUGUCUCAAGGUGGUAAAAGGAACCUUGGAGACUCCAGUUGUUGAAGAAACCUUGUUCACACCAGUGGUAGAUGGAACCUUGGACACUCAGGUGAAAGAAGGAACCUUGGACACUCAGGUGAAAGAAGGAACCUUAGACACUCCAGUGGUAGAAGGAAUCCUGGACACUCCAGUGGUAGAAGGAACCUUGGACACUCCAGUGGUAGAAGGUACCUUGGACACUCAAGUGGAAGAAGGAACCUUAGACACUCCAGUGGUAGAAGGAACCUUGGAUACUCCAGUGGUAGAAGGAACCUUAGACAUUCAAAUGGUAGACGGAAUCUUGGACACUCCAGUGGUAGAAGGAACCUUAGACACUCAAAUGGUAGACGGAAUCUUGGACACUCCAGUGGUAGAAGGAACCUUGGACACUUCAAUGGUAGAAGGAACCUUGGACAUUCCAGUGGUAGAAGGAACCUUGGACACUCCAGUGGUAGAAGGAACCUUGGACACUCCAGUGGUAGAAGGAACCUUGGACACUUCAAUGGUAGAAGGAACCUUGGACACUCCAGUGGUAGAAAGAACCUUGGACACUCCAGUGGAAGAAGGAACCUUGGACACUCCAGUGGUGGAAGGAACCUUGGACACUCCAGUGGUGGAAGGUACCUUGGACACUCAAGUGGUAGAAGGUACCUUGGACACUCUAGUGGUAGAAGGAACCUUAGACACUCCAGUGGUAGAAGGAAUCCUGGACACUCCAGUGGUAGAAGGAACCUUGGACACUCAAGUGGUAGAAGGAACCUUGGACACUCUAGUGGUAGAAGGAACCUUAGACACUCCAGUGGUAGAAGGAAUCCUGGACACUCCAGUGGUAGAAGGAAUCCUGGACACUCCAGUGGUAGAAGGAACCUUGGACACUCCAGUGGUAGAAGGAACCUUGGACACUCCAGUAGUAGAAGGAACCUUGGACACUCCAGUAGUAGACGGAACCUUGGACAUUCCAGUGGUAGAAGGAACCUUGGACACGCCAGUGGUAGAAGGAACCUUGGACAGGCCAGUGGUAGAAGGAACCUUGGACAUGCCAGUGGUAGAAGGAACCUUGGACACGCCAGUGGUAGAAGGAACCUUGGACAGGCCAGUGGUAGAAGGAACCUUGGACACGCCAGUGGUAGAAGGAACCUUGGAUACUCAAGUGGUAGAAGGAACCUUGGACACUCGGGUGGUAGAGGGAACCAUGGACACUCCAAUGAUAGAAGGAACCUUGGACACUGGGGUGGUAGAAGGAAUCCUGGACACUCCAGUGGUAGAAGGAAUCCUGGACACUCCAGUGGUAGAAGGAACCUUGGACACUCUAGUGGUAGAAGGUACCUUGGACACUCAAGUGGUAGAAGGAACCUUGGACACUCAAGUGGUAGAAGGAACCUUGGACACUCAAGUGGUAGAAGGAAUCCUGGACAAUCAGAUGGAGCUGUUUGAUGAGGGGCUGCUGAAGGACGGGGGUACUUGUAAAGCUGUACAAAAAUUCAACGGACAUUGA